AUGGCGGACUUGAAACCAAUCGAUGUUCUGGCCGUUGUUAGGGAGGGAUACCACUUGAAUCAAGCACGCAACAAAUGGGUGCUGACUCUCCAGUAUGGGAGCAAGACACUCGAUGUAGCUGUAGCUACGAAGGCGGCCCCGGCCAAGGCAAAGAAGAACAAGACUUUGGGCGAACACCGCUAUGCUGCUGCCGUCGUCAAUCACAACAAUAACCACGCAUACUGGAUCGGCACGGGAUACGGCUGGGCUCCAAACAACUAUAGCGAUCUCAAUACUGCUGCUGCUCCUCUGCCUGCGGGCAACAAUACAGAGAACAACGCGGCAAGCAUCGACCCCGCGCUCGAGGAGGCCCCUGUCGUCACCAUGGAGGCCUCCACACAACACUAUCUCGAGGAGCCUCUCAACUCCAACGCUGAGGGCUUCGUUCAGUACUUCGCUUCCACUCCCGUGGCCGACGUCAGAGAGGCCGCCCCAGCGACCAUCGACCCUGCAAUCACCAACGGGUCUACUUUCGUCGCCAACAAUUCUGUGCCUCCCGUCACAGAGGCCACCUCAGCGAAUCUCGGCCCCGUGCCCGACGAGGCCUCCGCUGGGCUCACGGAAGCUUUCGACAUUUUCGACCCGGAGUUUGCCUUCGAGGAGGCCCCCCAGCAGGAGCAUUCUCAGCUCCAAUUUCAGACCGAGGGUUUCAACUUCGACUUCGCCGACCACACAGAGGCCGCCCCAGCGAGCUUCGCCCCUGCCUUCAACAGCGAGUCGUAUUUCGACACCAAUCCUGUGCCUCCCGUUACAGAGGCCGCCCCGGCGAAUGUCGUUCCUGACAUGGACGGCCUAGCGUGGAUCAACUCAUUCCCGCUGGAUCCGGUCGCUGCUGCCCCAGCACUUACCCAUGAGGGAUUCGGAGUCAUCACGGAUGAGGACAUGGCCGCCGUGAAUGAGUACGUGGAUGGCUUUAAUCGGCCAUGGUACUAG